AUGUGGUGGUGGGGCAAGGGCCAGGCUAGCCCUCGCGACUCCACGUCUAGACAGGCAGGAGCCGUUGCGUUGUACACCUUCCGCUCCAGCGGAUACUUCUGCGCCGGAAGCCUCGUCAACUCGAGCGUUGUGCUGACCGCGGCGCACUGCCUAGUCGACGACCACGGCACCUACCUCGAAUCCGUUUGGGCCUCCGUCCAUCGUCACGACAUCACCAUGACGGCGGCGGCAGAGAUGAACGAGCUAGAGAACGAGCGCGGAGGAGCUGACGGCUGCGCAGCCAACAUUUUUGUCUCAAGUAUCAAGGUCCACCCGGACUACUCAUCAGUCACGGAAGGCGCCGACGUCGCGUUGCUCUACCUGUCGUCGCCCGCGCCCUGCGCGGGACAGGAGACGCCGAUCAUCGCGAUCGACACCGGAAUCGACGACUGGGCUGGAUCCCAGCUGACCGUGGCUGGCUGGGGAAGAACAAGCUCUAGCCCGAGGGCUAGCCCGCCGACCUCGGAUGUGCUGCGCGAGGCCGACGUCAUCGGCGUCGCGAAUGUGGGCUGCGAGGCGGCCUACGGGAGAGCCGACAUGACAGGGAUGCUCUGUGCAUCCGACGGCUCUGCCAGGGGGGAUGCCUGCCAGGGAGACUCGGGCGGACCGCUGUGGAGCGCUGCGGGCGCUGAGCCCGUGCUGUUCCCGAACGACUACGCAAACUUCAAGGACUGCACCAUCACUGGCCUGCCGCAGGCCGCGCUGGAUGUGAUCGCCUUUGACGUGGAGGGGGACGAGGACUCUUACUUCGACUACGACGGCGACGGCGACCCCACGAAUGACUGCACCUACGACUACCUCCUCGUCAACGGCGUCAAGUACUGCGGCACCUCGGGCCCGGCCGGGGUCGUGCCGUCGGAUGGGAACAUGGCGUGGGCCAAGGCCCCCGCCUCCUCCUUCGCUCUCAAGAUCAGCGCGACCCGGCGGCAGCGUGCGCUGGCCGCCAUCGACCAGGUCGAGGCCGCCGUGAUCAGCUCUUUCGCCGCCACCGACCCUCCUGUGACUGUCACCGCCGAGCAGAUGACCCUCGAGGACCUCGGCGAUAGCAAGGUGCGCGUGACCAUCGUCCAGGCCGAGGGAGGGCCGACCGUCGAAGACUUGACGGCCGCCGCGGAGCAGCCAGCCUUCCUCACGCGCAUGGCAGUGGAGCUGGAGGUGGCAGAGGUCUCCUUCGACCUCCCGCCCGCCACGAUCGCGCGCGCAUUGCGCAAGCGCGUGAAGCGGCAUCCCAUGCGCGAAGUCCCAUUGCGAUUCGUCAACCUCUUCCUCGUACUUUUCCGAAAAUCCGAAAUGAAGGUUGAAGCUAUGAAAGCAGCACAAGAUUAA